AUGGCACCCACCACCCCAGGUCUGAAACACCUUUCCAACGCGCUGGCAACCCCCGAGCAGCUGUCAAAUUCCUCCUCCUCGAUCGAUGGAGUCCCUACCGAUCUGGAAGCUUCCAUUCGCUGCGCCGGCGCCCAACUAACACAAGCGGCCGGCAUUCUGUUGCACCUGUCGCAGGACAUUAUCGCGCAGGCCAUCGUAAUCUUCACGCGUUUCUGGCUUGGAGCUGAGGGCGGUAGCUUGCGCUUAUAUGCAGCCAAAGAUGUAUCGGCCGCGGCUCUCUACCUCGCCGCUAAGCUCUCCUUCCAGCCCACUUCGCCGCGUUCGGUUCUCAAUGUCUAUACUCUCCUCCUCUCUCUGAAGGCCUCACCGUUAUGGUUUGUGAACCCGAAUGGAGCUCCCGCGCAGCCACCAUCUCCCGAUGUCUAUAUUCUCUCAGAGGGCGGAUACCAGGCCGACCGUUUAGUCCUUCUCCGGAUUGAGUCAAUCAUCCUCCGCACACUCGGCUUCGACACACACGUUGCUCUUCCACACACGAUUGCCCUGACCUACUUGCAAACCCUAGGUGUAGCAAAGCCGGCGGUAUCACGCCGGGUGAUCGAGCAUUUGAAUGCGGCGUUGCUAUCGCCUCAGCUACUCUACGUAACACACCAGCCCAACGCUCUAGCAGUCGCGGCAAUCUACCUCGCCGCACGUGAGGAAGGCAUCAAACUAGUGGAUGGGGAAUGGUGGGAAGUUUUUGACGUUGACCGUGAAGAACUCGGGUUCCUAGUCGUCGGAAUGCGGAGCACAGAAGGAUUUAUGCGGAGAGAAACAGAGGUGUGGAAAGCAAAAGUGAUUCCCAUGACGGUGGAGGACUUGGAUUCAGAACUCGAGCGACGCCGGAUGAUGGACGAAGGCGAGUGA